GGAAAUAUGUGCUUUGUUCGUUUUUAUUUAGCAUACAAGCAAUUAUGAUUCAGUUGCUAGCCGAUCGAAAUUUCUGGAUUGUCGGCGAGUCAUAACCUGGAUAACGUGGACGGUGAUUUGCCAGAAAGCAAUCACUCGUAAUUUGCUUUCAAACAAGAUCGUACGAGGUUUAAUAAAUUCAUAUAAAUUACGUUUGCGUACUGGUCAGUGAAAAUUCGAAUGCAUACUGCCUACCACUGUUCGUUCAGGUCAUGAUACGACCCGAUGCGUCAUUUGAUUUUUAUAAUUGAAAGAAAUCCAAACAUAUUUUCGCAUUACAAACAGUAAGUUGGAUCGCAGAGUGAUUCAGAAUUCGAUGUAAAGAAUGGUGCAACGGUGAUCUGGACUUGUUGUUAACAGAUACAGCGAAAGAGAGAAGCGUAUGUCAGCUAACGACACGGCUUGGCACGCGUGGCCAAGAUGGUGGUGGUAAUGGAGGCACAACGACGAUAGUCGGGACUUCUCUGCGUGUCAUCGUCUCGCUUCAGUGUUCCUCUUUAAUUCGUCGCUAGCUCCUCAGAGGGUGUACGCCGUUGAUGAUGCACGUUUGUAGUGGGAAGUUGUUAAUGUAUUAGUCGUGCAUCAUCAAGAGGAGAGAGAUCGGUAGACGGUCGGUAUAUCUGUGGGAUCGCUGCUGCGCCGUCCAAAAAUAGAUAAAUGAACGACGAGCGUGCUAUCCUUGUUGUCGGUGGUUCCACGCACUCUGUAACAAUGCAUGAUUAUUAAAAGGUUCGUGGCUAACGCCAGUGAGGAAUGGAGGUGCUCAAAACCAGUCAGGAGAUAGUGCACGAAGGGUGGCUCAUUAAAUCGCCACCUACGAAACUCUGGCGAGCGCGAUGGAGGAAAAGGUGGUUUGCUCUUCGACAUAGUGGAGAGCUACCUGGACAAUACUUUUUAGAAUAUUAUACAGAUAGACGCUGUAGGAAGCUAAAGGGUCGUAUUGAUCUUGACCAGUGUGAACAGGUAGAUGCAGGCUUAAGAUUUGAAAAUAGAAAGCAGAAGUAUCAAUACAUGUUCAAUGUGAAAACACCAAAAAGGACGUAUUAUUUAGUAGCAGAAAGCGAAGCUGACAUGAACAAGUGGGUAGAUGCUGUUUGUCAAGUUUGCGGAUUGAAGGCAUAUACCCAAGAUGAGGAACAGCAAUGUCAAAUGUUCCAAUUUGAAUCACAAGAAUCCCCACCAAUAUCACCUAGUAGCACCAUAUCUGGUCCUUACAUUCCUAUUAGCGAAUGCAUUUCUGGACGACGGUUAAACGAUACUAGUUCUCUGAAUUCGGCUCUGGGACAAGGACCUGAGCACUAUGACGCCCCACGACGACUAGCACCUUCUCCUCCGAGAUCUCCGACGACAACUGACGCAGAAAGUGUUUUUACCGACGACGAGUGGACUGCCCCUGUGCCUAGCGUUAAUUGGGAAACAUUUCCUUCUUCAGGUGAACCUAAACAACCGGCCAGUUCGAGCGAUGCGGAAAUUGGUUCUUGGAGCGUCAGGAAGCGAUUUGGAAAAUUGAGAAUCGUCGAUUCAGCCGUACCGCCCGCCGUAGAAAAGUUACCAGCACCCCCUAGACCACCAAAACCUCCUCACAUGUUACCUGAAAAUCCUGGUCAUAAUUACCUAAAUUUAGACGGUGCUACUGAAAGCUCAAAACCAACCACUCCGGCUACUCCUGCGCCAUCAACACCGGCGACCGCAAUUGUAACGGAUGAAUCAUACGAUUUUCCAAGAUCUCAUCAGCCGGGACAAGCAUCCGAUACUAAUCCAAUCGACCAAUCGUCUAAACAUUUUUAUUCGAACGCCGCUCCCAGUACCGUCGAGGAAACGCGUGUGUUCCGUUACGAUUUUCAUCAAGAAGAGGAACCAUCGAGUCCUCGUUCCGAAAGCUCAGCAACUGCUACGUAUUCAAAUUUACCAAGCCCCCUUAUUCGAGAUAAUUCAACUACAGUACCAACGACGGUAGCACCACCGCCGCCAAUUGUCUAUCGAGAAUUAAAACCAGGAAGAAAAACUAGCGAUUCUAUGUCGAUAAUUAGUAACGAAGCAUCCCCAGGACCGGUGGCUUCAGCUUUGGAAAUGAGUUCUGCCGAGCACUCCCCUGCUGAACCACCAAGUAUUAACAGAAAGCUCAAACCACCGCUAAAUAAAUCUCCUGUAGAAGGGCCAUUGCAAUUAGCAUCUCCACCUGGAAGAGGAAGAAUUAGGGCAGCCCCAAGUCCUACGCCUCCGUCUCAUGUACAUUUGAAUCGACAUCAGUCGACGUCGGAUGAAGAUAAUAAUAUUUUUGAUGACAAAGAAGAGAUCUACUAUUAUCAGGAUGAAAACACAUUUAUUCCUGCUUCAAAUCGGCGUCUCGUUGUUUUGCAAUAUUUAGAUCUUGAUUUGGAAGCGACGGAAAAUUUCUCUUCCUCUAGUUUACCACCGACUCAGUCCCCGCCUAGUACAACAGUAUACAAAACAGUGGAUUUCUUGAAAACCGAAGCGUUUAAUCGUACUCGUCAACGAGUCGAAGAGGAGAGGAAACAGUGCACGGACGAACUGGCCUAGCUUUAAAUCGUAUUUUUGAAAAUUGCUACAUCUAACAAAAGGAGGACAAGAAAAGAGAAUUACAAUUCUUAGGUAGAGUAUAGUAAUUGUAUUACUUACUAGCACAUCACGAUAUUAUAAAAAUACUGCGAUACCUACGCAGUACUUAGCAAUCUUUCAAGUGAUUUAAAAAUUUUUAUGUUUAUUAUAUUAAAUCGAAGAUGUUUGACAAAUCUUCGCGAUCAAUGGCAUACGAUAGGUUGAAACUCGAAAAAGAGCAAUAUUCAAUGGACCAAAAAUGUAAUGUUAAAGUUAGAGAAAAUGAUAAAGAGACGAUAAAAGAGCACAAUUUUGUGAAACUCGUUAUAUCAGAAUUUGUUAUAGAAUUUUUAAUUAGAGGAGUAAGUAUUAUUAUAUUUAGGUACCAUUACCGUUUUUACGUAGAUUUUACACGCGUCUGAUGUGAAAAAGGCAUUUUUUUUUUUUAUUAUUAUUGACCGUACAACGAAUUAAAAAUAUGUAUGGUAUUGCUGAACUUUUUAGAUAUUCUAAUUUUAAGUAUUGAACAAAUAAUAUGUAAUAUAUUUUCAAAGUGCCUGAAUUUAUUGUUUUUUUACUAAGAUGAUAAGUUGUUUGUUAUUGCAUAUCAAUUGCAUGGACAGUGGAAUAUUGUAUUUAUGGUUACAGAUAUGACGAACGUAUGAAUAUUGCAACUAUUUUUGAGAAAGUAGUGUUUUUGAAAAUUUAUUUUCUUUAUUCGUUUGAUUCCGAUAGGUUUCGGCUUUUUGAAUGGAAGCCGUUAAAAUAAUUGUUUAUAUCUGACAAUUUCUGAAUUAAAUUAUAUUUAUAUUGUUUCCUAUACAAUCUUUUCAUUUUUGUAAACAUAUUUAUAUUUAACUAUUAACAGUGUACUCGCUGUACCUGCUGACAUGGGUUACUAACGUAUAGUAAUAGAAAUUCUGGCCAUAAAAUCAUAAUGAAACGAAAGAUGUACACAUAUUUUUAACAGCUAUUACAGCACAGAACUGCAUGCCAUAAUUAGAUGUGUAUACAUAUAUACGCACUAAAAGUAUGUGAAAAAAAAAAAUAUAUUUUAUGUAUAGGAGAUGCAUAUAUGGUAUACCAUUUUAUUUUUAUAAUAGCUGUAUUAUAAUUUUUAUACCAAUGAAAUUUUUUAUGUUAUCAAAAGUUGCCUUGUCAUUUUAAACAAAUUUUUAAUUGCCGAAGUUUCAAAUUAUAUUUCGGACACAUUAAAAACGAACAGAGUAUACAUAAAUACAUGUGAUGGUAUCCCUGAAAAUUGAAAAUUAAUAUUUCAAUUACACCCGAGCGUUAAUACAUGUCAUUUAUAUUAAUGUAUAACAGGCGUGACACAUAUCACUGAAAAAAAAAAAGAAAUGCAAACGAAUACAUUAUCGACAUAUCUAUAUUGUUUUAAACAAUUUAUGUAUCGUUAGCACAAUUUUAAUUAUAAAUCAAUGAUUGGAAAUUAAAUCGUGUGUUUAGUGAUGUGAUUAAAUAAAAAUCUUGUUUUUUAUGUAAUUGUGAAAACGUAACAAACAUUAUUGACGCGACGUUAAAAUAAACAUUCGCUCAAA